ACGUGAGUGGUCCUAUGUCUUUGUAGCGGGGGUAGGGAGGAUGCGGCGGGAGGGAGCUUAGGAGUUAUCCCAGAGUGGACGGGAAGAAUCCACGGGCAUCGGCGCCACGCUUCCCCGAGGAGAGGUUCCCCUGCUUGAUUUGGUUUGUCGCUCUGCACUGCGGGUCGGGGCCAAGCCUAUUUAGCGCUCUUGCGCUACUCGCGGAAGUUCGGGCCGAGCAGCCGUUGGGCCCGGCGCUUGCUUAGGGGCUGCCACCGCUGGUACUCCCUCGGCGCCUCAAAUGGCGGACGACGCCGGUGCUGCGGGAGGAGCGGGAGGCCCCGGGGGCCCUGGAGUCGGAGGCCGAGGUGGUUUCCGCGGUGGCUUCGGCAGCGGGGGCCGAGGUCGUGGUCGGGGCCGUGGGCGAGGCCGGGGUCGUGGCCGUGGGGCCCGGGGAGGAAAGGCCGAAGACAAGGAGUGGGUUCCUGUCACUAAGCUGGGACGGCUGGUCAAGGAUAUGAAGAUCAAGUCUUUGGAAGAGAUCUAUCUUUUCUCCCUUCCUAUCAAGGAGUCUGAGAUCAUAGAUUUCUUCCUGGGGCCCUCAUUGAAGGAUGAGGUUCUGAAGAUCAUGCCUGUUCAGAAACAGACCAGAGCUGGACAACGUACCAGGUUUAAGGCUUUUGUAGCCAUUGGUGACUACAAUGGCCAUGUUGGCUUGGGUGUCAAGUGCUCCAAGGAAGUGGCCACAGCUAUUCGUGGUGCUAUUAUUCUGGCCAAGCUGUCCAUUGUUCCUGUGAGACGUGGCUACUGGGGAAACAAGAUUGGCAAGCCUCACACAGUGCCCUGUAAGGUCACUGGUCGUUGUGGAUCAGUUCUGGUGCGCUUGAUCCCAGCCCCCAGAGGUACUGGCAUUGUCUCGGCUCCUGUACCUAAAAAACUGCUGAUGAUGGCUGGAAUUGAUGAUUGCUACACUUCUGCUAGGGGCUGUACUGCUACUCUGGGCAACUUUGCCAAAGCUACUUUUGAUGCCAUCUCCAAAACAUACAGCUACCUAACCCCAGACCUGUGGAAAGAGACUGUUUUCACCAAGUCUCCCUAUCAGGAAUUCACUGACCAUCUUGUAAAGACUCACACUCGAGUGUCUGUCCAGAGGACCCAAGCAGCUGCUGUGGCCACCACAUAAAUUUUUUUUUAUAAAACAAGGAAUAAAUUGAACUCUGCCUGCUA